AUGAGUGCGGCUGGACCGGUCACCACCGCCAUCGCCCUCGACACCGAGUUCGCCAAUCGAAAGAUCUGGCUGGUCAAGGUCCCAAACUUUGUGGCGGAGCGGUGGAGGGCCGUGUGCCAGACCAAUGCCCAUGACGGUGGGGACCCCGUCGGCCCCGAGCUGGGCCAGAUAUCGGUGGACAAGCCUGCUGCCGGUGCCAAGGAGGCCAGCAUGCACCUGAGCCUCACCCAUUCCGACACGGAGGGCCUCCCAAAGACCUUCCUCAUGAACGUCGCCACUCAAAACAUGGCCAGCAUGGCUGCCUUUGCCCAGACCGGGCCCUGCAGCGUCUCCGCCGUGGGCAGGGUGUUUCAGAAGUUUGACGUGGUCGUGGAGCGGGGCGCUGCGGGGGCUUCCACCUCCGGAGUGGACGGGGUGAUAGACCCAGAGUACCGCCAGCUGUCACGCAUGCGCGCCAAGGCUGCGGCCACAAAAUCGCGAACGACGCAGCUCAUCAGCCAGCCGCAGUUUACCAACCUUCGGCACCCCAUGCACAUCGGAACCACAAAGAAGAGGGACCCGACGGAGAAGCGACUGGCCAAGCCGGCAGAGGAGCUGACUGCCGACCUCUUCCGGCUCUUUGAACGGCAACCGCACUGGAUAUUCGCCCAGCUACAGCGCCAGACAGAGCAGCCGACGCAGCACCUCAAGGCUGUUCUGCUGGAGAUUGCCGUGCAGAACAAGAGGGGACCCUACAAGGACAUGUGGGAGCUGAAGAAGGGGUAUCGACUCACCGGUGAUGCGUGA